AAAAUAAUGUCUUACGACACAGCACUUACAGUUUUUUCUCCAGAUGGACAAUUAUUUCAAGUAGAGUAUGCUAUGGAAGCAGUGAAAAGAGGACUUUGUUGUGUUGGUGUGAGAGGAAAAGAUGUGAUUAUUCUUGGUGUAGAAAAAAAAGCAGCAUCAAAGUUAUAAGAUGUUAAAACAAUUAAGAAAGUUUAUCAAUUGGGUAGAAAUUGUUUUUAAAAUAGAUCAUAAUUUAUGUAUGACAUUUUCUGGUUUAAAUGCUGAUGCAAGAAUUUUGGCUAAUCAAACAAGAUUGUAAUGCUAAUAAUACAAAAUUUAUUAUGAAGAUGAUCCUUCUGUUGAUUAUAUAGCUAAAUUUACUAGCUAGCAAUAAUAAAAAUUCACAUAAAGAGGUGGAGCAAGACCUUAUGGUAUUUCAACUUUAAUUGCUGGAUUUGACAAUCAUAAUAAACCAAAAUUAUUCUAAACUGAUCCUUCUGGAGCUUGUUCAGAAUGGAAAGCUACUUCUCUUGGAAAGAGUGCAAAGUAAGUGAAGGAUUUUUUAGAAAAACAUUGGAGAGAAGGAUUACAUGAAAAGGAUGCUCUAUUGCUUACUACUAAAGUAUAUAAAGUUUUAAUAUAUUAAAAGGCUUUGAUGGAUGUAGUUGAAAGUGGAAAUAAAAAUAUAGAGUUAUGUGUGAUUAGAAAGAAUACUUGUUGGUUCUUGAGUGAAGCCGAAGUUGAGGAGUUGACUAAAAUAACAGCAUAAAUCUAAUGAUUAUUAUUAACAUUAAAGAAAUUGUACAAGUUUAGUA